AUGCCGAAGAACUGUGAGGAGAAGUCAGACGCGGAAAAGCGCGAGGAGAGACAGGCGAGGAAGAUCAACCGCUGGGGCUAUCGCGGAAUUGCUACCGAAGAGGACAAAGAGCGAGCCCUGGACCUCGCGCUGUCUCGAAUUCCCAGGAAGCGAAAGACUUUCCUCGACAAUGCUGAGCUCAUGGCCAAGUUGAAAGCCGAUGCUAAAGCUCAAGGGGCUGCCGAGGCAUUUAUUUCUUCUCCUUCGGCUGUCCCUCCUUCCUUCAAGAAGGCCCAGAAGUCCCGUGGCCCUUCGCAGAAGAAAUCCCGAGCUACGAGUGCGCCGGUUUCCUCCUCGUUGUCGUUGGACGACCUGACUGAUUCUGAGGCUGCCGGCAGUCCCGAAUCUACCACUAUGUCGGAACCCAACUUGGAGACUAUUGAUGAGCACAGACUUGAAGUCGAGUUACUUGCAGCGCCCGGUGAAGAAGUCGUGAAGCCGCAAGCGCAACAAGGCCCUGAGCAUCGAUCCAAGACCUCGACAGCGGUAUUAGACCCCGAAGAGUCCGACAAGGCUGUAUUCGAGGCGGCCUCGGAGUGUGAUCCAGAUGAAGCUGACGACCUGCAUGUGGGAUUCAAGACCUCCUCAACUGUGACCAUGAUCGAAUCUGAAGCCGCCAUCGAGGCACAGACAAAAAAGCGGAUCUUCGUUGAUCUCGACGCCGAACUGAAUGAUGAUGAGCUCGAUGCCGAAUUCGAUGCCAUCCAGGAUGACGAGACUCAGUCGCUUGCGGGGUCCUCUGCCGCUGACUCGGAUGUUGACGAACUUGAAGCCCAGCUCGAACGAGCCCGAUGUUGCGGACCUUGAGGCACAACUUGUUGCAGAACUCGAGGCGGAACUCGACGAGAUCCCGAGCGACGAGAAAGGCAAGAACUCUGAGCCAGUUCGAGUUGGACUCUUCUAAGUACAGCACAUGACCACCUACUCCUGACGAACUCCUCUGGUCAUCGGAUAUCCCUCUUCAACUGUGACCACAUCUAAGCGAACCUUCUAUUUCUUCCUCUUUUCCGACGAAAACCUCACGAACCUAC